AUGACACAGUAUGGCGGCGAUAUGAAUGCAUACAGGGCUACAAGUUUAAAUAGAAUUGCCAGCAGUUAUGACUCGAUGAGCUUCGUCCUAUCAAAAUGUGAGACUGACGGAAUAGAAGAUGCACCUGUACUUGUAGCUCUGUGGGACAGACGAACUGCACCGAAGUAUCCACAGCAAGUUGAAUUUCUGCUGAAGUCUUUAGCUACCAUGACUGAUAUUGUACUUCCGGCGUUAGAAACUACCAAU